GAUCGGCCCCGCUCUGAAGCGGCUGCGGCUGCAGCUCCGCUCCGCGCCCCGCUCCGCUGCGCGAUGCUGGCGCUGCUGGCGCUGCUGGCGGCCGCGCUGCUGGCGCUGCUCGGGGCGCGGCGGGCAGCUGCUCCCGGUGCCUGGGUCCCGCUGAAGCGCUGGGCCCUGGGCGGGCUCCUGCUCCUCCACGGCGCCUGGAGGCAGCGGGCUGCCGGCGGAGGGGCCGCGGAGCCCCGGAGGCCGCGCCUGCUCCGUCCCGACCCCCACGCACUUGAUUCAGUUUACUUCACAGGCUUUGCGGAGACCAACAAGAGCUUUGUGAUUGCUCGUCUUGCCAAGCGUCCCAAUGGCAUCUGUGAGAUGUGGCUCUUCCUGAGGGUGGAUGGAGUAGGAGAGUUUGAACACCCACAACAUCCAAACAUGAUGGUGAAUGAUGAAUCUGAAGAGAUUUGGAGUGGAGGAGGGCUCACUAUUGAAUACUUAGAGCUCGAAGCACGCUGGAAAAUAAGCUAUGAUGGAUUCCUCAGAAAAGGACCCUACCGACAGCAGUGGAGUGAAGAAGAGGGAGAACUUAUACCAGUUAAAUUCUCUUUUCAUUGGGAGAACUCUACAGAAGUCUUCAGCUUCAGUGAUGACAGUCACCCCAGCACAUUUGUCCGUGCUUUUGCUCAGGAACCAUGGACCGCUGAGUUCUUCCAAAGGGUCAAAAAACAAAGGGAACAACAUUUCCGACACGAGCAGUGGGGCCAGUCUGUUGGAGAAAUUGAAAUAGAAAAUCAUGAGAAAACCAAACUUUCCCUCAAAGGUGUUCGAAGCCACUCUUAUGGUGUCCGCAACUGGUCUGAGAUUUACCGUUAUGUCAUGAUUUUGGCACGCUUUGAGGAUGGGACCGCAGCACAUUUAACAGUUAUAAACAUGCCUGCUACCACAACGAACCUCACUGUAGGUUAUGUCUUUUUCCCUGAUGGGAAGAAGGCUGGGAUUGAGUGGUCCAACGCCUCGCUGGCUGAGAUGGCUGAUGAUGGUGUAAUCAAGGAUGAAUACAGAGUCAGUUUUACUGCUGGUGGCAAGCACUUUGAUGUUUCUGCAAGGCUGGACAAGCAAGCUUGCCCUGUGGUAUACAAUGGCCUGACUGGAAGAGGCGUUUUCCAUGAGUGCAUUGCAGAUUUCCAACUGAAUGGGUUAACACAAGGCUGGGGCUUGGCUGAAUUUUAUUACAGGGAUGAAGCCGCCCAGAGGGUUCCCAAUUUGCAGCUUGGUCCCAACACCGACGGCCCAGACCUCUCCUCCCCGUGCCCGGUGAGCAAUGGUUCUCCUCCCAGAGCACCUGCAGGCUUGUCCCAGUGGUGGUAGCAGGCAGCAGCUUUCCAGAAGUGUUAUCUCCAGCAAAAUGCGCAAUUCCAAGUGUGACACAUGUUGUCACAGGAUGUUCCAGAGGUCAGUGGUAUAAAGGGAUUUGCAGAGAAAUGAGGAACAUUUCUCUGCAGUGUUGCUAACCAUGGUGCCUGGAGGCAAUUCAGAGGAAAUCUCUGCACGGCUGAUUGAAAAGAGUGCACAAGAAGAGAUCACUCUGUGCUCAGGCUUUUGGUAUUUUUCCUGACCUGUCAUUUGCUCUCCGGUGUGAACAGCAGGGCACAGGGCUACAUGGAUCUCUGACCCACAUAGCAGUUCCUCUGUUCUUGCAGCUUUGCUUUUGAAAUAAAAGCUCUAUCUUUCUGAA